AUGGUGAUAUCCUGGUACUCGCGAGUCCUCGCGCACUACCCGUGCAUCGUGCUCAUAAUUGUUUUCGUAUUCUCGAUGACGUGUCUCAUCGUGCCAUUGACCACGAAAAAAUUUCCAGACUUUUCUGAUCCGCAGCUCGGGUUCGAGGCGCGAGGAACUCCACUAGCGCAGCGGCUAACGGCGUGGAAAAAUUUAAUAGAGUCGUCGAGUCCCAGGGGACACCUCGUCGACAACCCUCUCGAGUACUACUAUUACCUGCAGGACGUUCAUCAGCAAAGGGAAAACUUGGCCAACGAAGUCAACGAAACACUGCCCGGCAGGAACAAACACAAGAAGCACAAGAAGAAGCACCGCAAGUACAAGCACAAGAACAAAAACGCCGUAAACAAGCACAGAAUCGACAAAAAACGGGUUCGCAAUGAAUCGUCGGAUUUGAGGAUUAAAAGCCAUCGCACGCGCGACGACGGGGAUGAAGACGACGACUACAACGAAUAUCGCAGAUCAGUGAAGCGAUACUCGAACUACGCCGAUGGAUUUUUUUGCAACGACCCGAGCUCCGCCUACGCCAGGGUGGUCGUCACGUCCAAGAGUAAGAAGAAAACGAAUUUGUGGUCCUUGGAAGGAGUCAGAGCUCAGUGCCACAUCGACUCCGCCCUGAGGGCCAAUCCGCUCUUUCCUUCGAUCUGCCAGCGGCAACUGCAGUACCAACACAAGUGCUGUCGAAGCUGGUCUCCGGCAAACUACAUAGCUCUUUUGUCGAACCGGACCUCCUGUUCCAUGGUCACCAAAGAGGAUUUGGCCAGCGUCGAGAGCAUUUUGAAGGAGUGCUUCUACUUUUAUCAAAAACUCGAGUUGACCCCCGAUUGCUCCGAAGAUCUGAAAUGCCAGCGCAAAGUGCCCGAGCUUUGCUACGCCAACAACAACAACGCAGUCUACCAUCUUCUCCAUUACCUCGUGGACGUAGAUUUUCUCGCCAACAACGGCAACUCCACCGAAUCGCCCUUGUCCUCCGUCAUGAUUAUACUGCCCACGGCCGCGAGCUCUUCCAGUUUCGACUACUACAAAGACAUAAACCUCGACGAGUUGACGUUUGACGAUUACUACGUGCCAGCCGUACAAUUUGGCUUGAAGAGCACACUCUUCGAUCGACAGCUCGUUAUGGAUUGUGUUUUGCUGUUGUUUGGGUUCAGCAUAGUGACGGUCUGCAUUUGGUUUUACACCGGAUCACUUUUGAUCACGAUGACCACGAUAAUAGCCAUUAUAUUUAGUUUAGGUAUUUCAUACGCAAUUUACACUCUAGUCCUAGACAUUAAUUACUUUCCUUUCAUGAACCUGUUGACCAUCGUCGUGGCGCUUGGCAUCGGGUCCGACGACACGUUCAUAUUUUGUAAAAUAUGGGAGUGCAACAAGCGCCAGAAAUCCCUGACCGUCAACAACAACUUGAACCGGCUCGUCCACGAGACCAUCAAACACGCCAUACCCUCGAUAUUUGUCACCACGUUGACAACGACUAUAGCGUUUCUGGCGUCAAUAAUCAGCAACGUCACCGCCAUCAAUUGCUUCAGUCUGUUCUCAGGGAUCACCGUCAUCGCCAAUUUCUUCUUGAUGGUGACUUGGUUGCCAGCCAGUGUGAUAGUUGCCGAGCGCUUCGGCGCCAAUUUCAUGUCAUCGGAGAACUUUGUGGCGCAAAAGAUAAUCCGACCGCUGUGGUCCCUCGUCGACAAAGCCGAGCACUUGUUCACCAAUUGUCUCAUAAAAACCGUGCUUUCGCUCAAGUGGUUUUGGUUCUCGUUCCUCCUGAGCGUCGCGAUCGGAAGUUGCCUGAUCGUCUUCCACUAUCCCGGCCUCCGACUGCCGGACACCCCGGAUUUCCAACUCUUCACCAGCUCGCAUCCCUUCGAGCAAUACGACCUGUUCUACGUGAAACGCUUCCACUUCGAAAAGACCGAGCACGGGGAUGGCAGCGAGGUUCUGCCCCUGCGCUUCGUCUGGGGAGUUCUGCCCAUAGACAACGGCAACUACCUCAACCCCGAGUCCAAAGGAACCUUGGUCAUGGACGAGAGCUUCAACGUGAGCGAUCGCAACUCCCAGGUCUGGCUGGAGAACUUUUGCAAGGACCUGCGGACGCAGCCCUUCUACCGGAGCACCCUGGGACCGCUUCUGCCCAACUGCUUCAUCGAGUCCCUCCAGCCGUGGAUGGAGCGCCCCUGCGAGGACCCGGUCGACUCCAACGUCAAUUACCUGCCCUGCUGUCGGAACAGCACCUUCCCGUACGAGCCGCAGAUCCUCGAGUUGUGCGCCGCCGAGGCCGUCGCCGAGAUCCACCGGACGCCCUCGCACCUCUGGAACUUCAAGGCCUCGCGGAGCUCACCGACGGUGGGUCUCAAGUUUCGCAAGCAGAACACCACCGGGCUCAACGAGACCCUCGAUGGCAACGACACGCUUACGACGAUGAUAACGAAAGCCGUGCCGGAGAUCAAGGCCGUGAUCGUCGAGUACGACAGCAACUUCACGUUCUCCCUGUCGUACGCCGAGAUGAACGGCUUCUACGAGGAGGUCGAGACGUGGUUCCAGGAGCAGCUAUCCAAGGCCCCCGCUGGCAUGAAGAACGGCUGGUUCGUCAGUUACCUGGAAUUCUACGAGUUGCAGAGGGCCCUGCACCAAGGGACCAUAUGGGCGAUCAUCGUCUCGGUGGCGCUGACCCUGUUCGUGCUGGCCCUCGUGACCUUGAACCUCCUCGUGAGCCUGUACGCGAUACUGGCGGUCGGGGCGGCCAUAAUUGUCACGGUGGCGACCCUCAUCCUGAUGGGUUGGAAGCUCAACAUCCUUGAGAGCAUAGCCGUGUCGACCGCGAUCGGGCUAGCGGUGGAUUUCAGUUUGCACUACGGGGUGAGUUACCGCUCGAGCACCGGGGACAAUCGGAUCGACCGGAUCAAGGCCACCUUGGAGCAAAUGGCGGGUCCGACGAUCAUGGCUGCUCUGACGACCGGGGCAGCGGGGGCGUUCAUGUUGCCCUCGCAGGUCCUGGCUUACAUACAGAUCGGCCUCUUCCUCAUCAUCAUCAUGGUGAUCAGUUGGAUCUACGCCACGUUCUUCCUGGGCUCGAUUCUGGCCAUCGCUGGACCCUCGUCGCGGUUUGCCCAGUUUCACUACUCGAAUUUCCGGCGGACCGUUUUCAAGUCGAACAGAAGGAAGGUCGCCGACCCGGACGAGGUUGAGAGUCACAGGUCCAUAAGGAUGGUCGAGAAGCCGUCGAGUCGGUCCGAGGAGCCGUGA